AUGAUCCCCACCUUUGUCCGGAUGGAGCCAUCACGCUUAGCCGCCCCUCGACAGACUGUCUUCGUAGCUUUCUACCACAGCUCGCCAUUGCUGCAAUCAGAGGACUUUCGCGCCGUCCAUUUGUAUCACAGAAAUGUCCCUAAUACGGUCAUUGAUAUUCUUGAAACAGCGUUUCAUGGUACUUUCCGAACUUGGCAACAUCCAAGUAGGUGCCAAGAAGGGCACAAAUCUGAACGGAACACCAAUUUUGCAAGCCUGUGGCAACGACUAUGCUUUAGGACUCCGACCUGGAUCUACUCAGCAAUUCCCAAAGAUUGUCACAAAGGCAUGUGGUGGUUCAGCAGCAAAGAUUUAUCAUCGAGCGUCCAUGCAGGGAAUUCCGUUUGA